AUGGCCGGUGUUGAGCAGAAAUCCUUCCUGGGCUCCCUCUCGCCGUGGGGGACGCCACGUGCGUCGACGCCGCAGUCGGGCCACCAGCACGGGCAAGAAGUCCUCCAACGUUCCCAGGGCGAGGACCACACGGUGACACACCGGCACAAACUGAGUGCGCGUCUCUACCCUCGGGAUUGCCCCGCACUGAAGGUGCGAUGGUUUUACGCGGUGGACUCCCCCAAGCGCAAACCCGCUCUGCUGGGGGAAAAGAAGCCCGACCAGAAAGCCUUACCCCUGCCGAAGAAAUUCAUUCCUUUCUCGAUGAAAGACUCGCAGUCGAUCGAGGCAACCUUUCAGCGACUCGCCGACAUUGAGGAUACCCGCGAGGGAAGCGACACUCCCGGCUCGAAUGAACCCGAGGUGUCGACAAAAGUGCCCGUGAACGAGGACUUCCUCUUCGAUGUGGACGUGGAACGACGGGAGCUGGCUCCCGCAUACUGGGUUGGCCCCGUCUACGAGGUCCGUCGAGGCACAUGGUUCUUCCAGGAUGGGUCCACGCUGAAGCCAUGCGAAGAAAACCUCGCCACGCAGCUCGAAGAAGGUUAUCUCAAGGUGCGACCAUGGAGACCAGACACGACGCAGCCAAGUCUGGAAAGGCCUGCGCCCAAGUCAAACGAGCAUGAUCGCUCCGGUGGCACGGUUGAUCAUGGCACUGCCCAGCCUACCUCUACAGGAGCUGCUGCCCCCUCCCAAGGUACCGCUGGGACGGGGCCCUCUGUCCCUCCCAUAGAGCGUCAACAGUAUCGACUGUUCGGCGCAUAUAUGAACAGGAUCGUUGCCUAUCAAGACUCGUCGACCGCCUGGGUGAUCAAUGAUGAUUUCAUGUCGCGUGUUAGCACAACCGUAUAUCAAAAGUUAGGCGGGAUCCCGGGUACCAAAGUCAUCCGCGGUGAUCAAGAGCUCAAACGAUCCAAAGAGCCGGUUGAAUCGAAAAAUCCGGAAUCAAAGAAUAUAGAAAAGGCAUCGGCUCCCUCCGCCCCGGAGCCUUCUUCAGCCCAGUCUCAGCAAUUAGAAGCACCGACCUCUUUGAAAGCGCCCCGGACAGAAAAGUCCGAAGGUGAUGAAAACAAUAUCCAAAAUCCAAGAUCUACAUUGGAGCGACAAAUGUCGUCUCUAGCUGGUGAACCGCAGAACCCGGCCGAGUUAGAAGAACAGGCCCGAAUGCAAGAAGAGCAGGAAAUGGAAGACUCGAGAGAAGUCGACGGCGAAGACCGAGAACGAGAAGUCGACCAUCUCAUUCUGGUCACUCAUGGCAUCGGUCAACGGCUCGGUUUACGAUUGGAGAGCAUUAACUUCAUCCACGACGUGAACGUCCUUCGCAAAACCCUGAAAGGGGUUUAUAAAGCCUCGCCUGAUCUGCAGGCACUGAAUGCCGCAUUCCCGGACAGCAAUCGGAACUGUCGAGUUCAAGUACUUCCUGUAUGCUGGCGACACCUCCUGGAUUUUCCUUAUCGAGGGGUUCGACAGAAUCGCAAGGAACUGGAUCUGGCCGAUGCAGACGCUCUAGAAGACGACACGUAUCCAGGCCUGAGUGAUAUCACACUAGAAAGCGUCCCCGCGGUGCGAAACCUGAUCUCCGACCUGGCCAUGGAUGUGCUGCUUUAUCAAAGUAGAUACUGCGAGCAUAUCUCCAACAUUGUGAAGCAGGAGUGUAACCGGAUUUUGGACCUUUACAGACAGCGCAACCCAUCUUUCAAGGGUUCGGUCAGCUUGUGCGGUCAUUCCCUGGGGAGUGCCAUCUUGUUUGAUAUCCUGUGCCAUCAGCCAGACCACCUGCAUCCAAGCCAUGAAAAGGGGAAUGCUUCGAUCCAUUCCGACGGAGGGAGUCCCGCCUUGGACUUUGAAUGUGAAGAAUUUUUCUGUCUGGGCUCCCCCAUUGCCCUGUUCCAGAUGCUGAAGGGGAAAACGAUUGCCGGGUACGCCCCACCGGGGAAGAGAAGCCGCAACAGUACGUUGGACGUUGAUAUCAAUCCUGAGAGUUUGGGGGCUGCUUCCAAACGGGACUCGCAUAUUAGUUCCGCAGCCCGGAUGGGGGACAACUCUGCCAUCUUCUCCUCGCCGCGGUGUCGCGAUCUCUACAACAUCUUCCAUCCAUCAGAUCCAGUGAGCUACCGUCUCGAGCCACUCAUCUCUCCUGCCAUGGCCGCGCUCAAGCCGCAGCCCUUACCCUCGGUCAAGAAGAGUCUCUGGACCGCCUCGGGCCAAAGCCUUUCCGUGCUCGGUUCUCGCAUGGGCCAGAGUAUGGGAUCUCUAUGGACCAACUUCACCACUGGAGUGGCCAGCAGUUUGUUGAAUCGCAGCCUCGGACUGCCUGCCGACGAGGCCCAUGCCGGGAAGUUGGCUGGCCAUCCCACCCUGAUCGAAUCCGACCUGGAGACGCUGUACGAUGGCUUCCAAAAGACCCGACACAACCAGAAGAAGACCGACCCGGGGGAUGCCGACACCGACCUGGAGGCCGAAGAUCAAGAGCGCAAGCUGCGACUGGAAGAUGCCAAAGUGCGUGCCUUGAACGCCAAUGGCCGGGUCGACUACAGUGUGCAAGAGGGCGCCUUCGACAUCUCGUUGAUUGCUAGCAUUGCCAGCCACCUCACUUACUGGGGCGAUGAGGAUGUCAACCACUUCAUGCUGUCGCAGAUGCUGUCACGGAGAAGUCGACAUCGGCGUCCAGUCCCGUAG